UGAAGGAAUUUUAUUAUUUUUUUCGUCCCAAUUUGUACUGGAACUAGUCUUGUGUUUUUCAGUAAAUGGCGGCUUGCCAUAUGACCGAUGUAAAAAAUGUAAAAAAAAUAAUAUUUCUGACAUUUAUUUUACCAUUGUUUAGAAGAAACAAAGUAACUUAAUAACAUAUAUAGUAAUGGUAUGCUGCAAUUUGUACAUCAAAGUAUCGCCUUAGAAGAGGUAGGAAAAAAAAAAAUCCUGUUAAUACGAAAUGUUGAAACCAAGAACAUAGUCGGAAACUGUUCUAGCAUAUGAUUGGCUACCGAGUACAAAGCAACUGUUCCGACCAAUCGGAUGAAAAAGCCAUCAAACACCGAGUUAUUGAUUUCGACACUCGUUUUAGAAACAAGUUUUGGUUCGCUUUCGAGCGGAGUUAAAAGCGGAACCUUUACUGGGGUUAAUCGCAAAGUUCAGUUGCUACUGGUAUUAUUUGUUUGUUAUUUUCGGUUCUGCUUCCGUAUGGCAGACUUAGAUUCUAGAUCGGGGACAUUUAAGCCGUUCAAACAGCGGAAAAGCUUCGUGAGUCGGCGUGAUGAGGUAGCCGGAAUAAGAGCAAAAUUCCCAUCGAAAAUACCCGUUAUUGUUGAGAGAUAUCACAAAGAAAAAGAUCUACCACUUCUAGAUAAAACAAAAUUUCUUGUUCCACAAGAACUGACUAUGAGUCAAUUCGUCACGAUAAUUCGAAAUCGAAUGUCUCUUUCAUCCACACAAGCAUUCUACCUGAUUGUGAACAACAAGAGCUUGGCAAGCAUGUCAAUGACAAUGGCUGAGCUAUACAGAGAAGAAAAAGAUGAAGAUGGCUUUCUCUAUAUGGUCUAUGCAUCUCAAGAAAUGUUUGGGUCUGAAUCAGGGAGACUAUGGCUGGAAUCAAGACCAUCCUGAGAUCCCAAGAAAAGAAUAAGGCUAAUAUUCUUUUACAGACAAUCAGAAUACCAUUAGAGGAAAAAUAGAGAAAAGGACUUUUCCUGGGGAGUGUGCCCGGUCUUUGCCAUUUGAAAGAACAUGGUUGUCAUCUCAUAAUGCUGCAACAGCUUACUCAUUCUUGUAAAUAACAUGCAAUGAAAAAGACAUUGACAAGCCAUAUACUACACCUUAUUAUACUAACCAAUAAAAAUUAAAUAAUGCUAUUAUUGAUAAAAUAUAUCAACUCAGUGCGAGUGAUCAUAGA